GGCGUUAAGGCGCGGACGCCUCGCAUUGGUGUUACGGAGCAGCUGGGAGGACCUCCGGCCACAGCCGCGGGAGGUCCGGACACGGGCGGCCAUGGGACUCGCCGGUCACAGAGGAUUUCUUAACCUGCUUGUUCUGAGAACUGAUGACUAAAACCAUCUCAGCAUGACCAGUAGAGGAGGAGGUGGGCAUAGCCAGCCCACCUCAGUGACACAUUCUCAGUUUAGUUCUGGAAGCCAUUCCACCUGCAGGACUCGUACCCAUAAUAUAUGCAUGGUGUCUGACUUUUUCUACCCAAAUAUGGGAGGCGUGGAAAGCCACAUUUAUCAGCUUUCUCAGUGCCUGAUUGAAAGAGGGCACAAGGUCAUAGUCGUCACCCAUGCUUAUGGAAAUCGAAAAGGAAUCCGUUACCUCACUAAUGGUCUCAAAGUUUAUUACUUGCCUCUGAAAGUCAUGUACAACCAGUCUACAGCUACAACUCUCUUUCACAGUCUGCCAUUGCUCAGGUACAUAUUUGUUCGGGAGAGAGUUACAAUAAUCCAUUCUCACAGUUCUUUCUCUGCCAUGGCCCAUGAUGCUCUCUUCCACGCCAAGACAAUGGGGCUCCAGACCGUCUUCACGGACCAUUCCCUUUUUGGAUUUGCUGAUGUCAGCUCGGUGCUUACAAACAAACUUUUAACUGUGUCUCUUUGUGACACAAACCACAUCAUUUGUGUCUCUUAUACUAGUAAGGAAAAUACGGUACUAAGAGCAGCACUGAAUCCUGAAAUAGUGUCCGUCAUUCCCAAUGCUGUAGAUCCUACUGACUUCACUCCAGAGCCAUUUAGGAGGCAUGAUAGUAUAAUAACUGUUGUUGUUGUCAGCAGACUUGUAUACAGAAAAGGGACUGAUUUGCUUAGUGGUAUAAUACCUGAACUCUGUCAGAAACAUCUAGAUUUAAAGUUCCUAAUUGGAGGAGAGGGACCAAAGAGAAUUGUUUUGGAAGAAGUACGGGAAAGAUACCAACUACAUGACAGGGUGCAUCUUUUGGGACCUUUAGAACACAAGGAUGUUAGAAAUGUCUUAGUUCAAGGACAUAUUUUUCUUAAUACCUCCCUUACUGAAGCAUUCUGCAUGGCGAUUGUGGAAGCUGCCAGUUGUGGUUUACAGGUUGUAAGUACCAAGGUUGGAGGAAUUCCUGAAGUACUUCCAGAAAGCCUUAUUAUUUUAUGUGAGCCUUCAGUAAAAUCUUUGUGUGAAGGGUUGGAGAAAGCUAUUUCCCAAGUGAAGUCGGGGACAUUGCCAGCUCCAGAAAAGAUCCAUAAUAUAGUAAAGACUUUCUACACCUGGAGGAAUGUGGCAGAGAGAACUGAAAAAGUGUAUGAGCGGGUCGCAAAGGAAACUGUGUUACCAAUUCACAAGAGACUGAACAAGCUGAUCUCUCAUUGCGGCCCAGUUACGGGCUAUAUUUUUGCCUUGUUGGCGGUGUUCAGCUAUCUCUUCCUCACUUUUCUGAGAUGGAUGACUCCAGAUUCUGUCAUUGAUGUUGCAGUAGAUGCUUCUGGACCAAGGGGGGCCUGGACUCAUAAACAUCCUCACAAUAAAAAGGAGUGUGAGAAUGAUAACAUAUCAAAAAACAGUUAGAAGAAAGCCUGUGUCGUAAAGUUUUAAACACUUGUAAUAGUUCUAGUAACAUGGUUGGAAAUAACCUUGCUUUUUUGUUUUGGGCUUUGAACGUUAAUUUAGUAAAUUAUGCUACCUCUAUGUCAUUCAGUUUUAUUUUGAAGAAAGACUAAACAAAAACUUAUGCAAUUCCUGAGUGUAGAAACUCCUUGCACUUCUUUUAAAAAUUAGGUGAGAACAGUUAAGCCACUCAGGUAUGACUUUCAGAUUACUGAAAUCCCUCUAGCAGAGAUGUUUUAACAUAUUUUGGGAGCUUUGGGUGCUGAAGGGCCAAAUGUCUCGGUAUUUUUUGGCCAGUUUUUAAUGUUACACCAUUAGUUAGACAUUUACUAGAUGUUUAUAGGUUUUCUUUAGGGAGGUAGAGCAGUCAUGUAGAUGAUUUUAAUUAUGUUCAUGUCUCUAACUGGGCAUUGAAGUCACGCUCUGAAACACUUAUUGGAUCUACUCAAAAAGUGUUAAUAAGUGAUUGAUCAUCAGCUUUCUUAGUAAGAUGGUCCAUUGGUUGUCAGCAUGUUUAGUGCACCUGCUAUGUAGGAAAGCUUGAACCAGAUGCUACUUGUCGUUGAGAACCAGUUGACAUGAAGUGGUGACAUAGCCAACAUGCCCAAAAUGCUCAAGCUAGUUAAUGCUGGGAAAACGUCACCAUCAUAGUCCAGUUACUGAGAUCCUGCUGUAUGUGUACUCCUGGGUAGGACCUUCAUCUUCGUUGUGUAUGUGAAGAGUGUUUAUUUGCUUUUCAAUCUUGGGACCGAUCACUGUUGAUAAUAGUCCAGACAAACCCUCCACAGUUGUAGUGCAUACUUUAGCCAUCUCUGAAUGCCUUUGUGUUCCCUAAGCAGAAUGUCUGAGGUGUGCCAUCUCCAAACCAGCUGCUACCCUGUCCUUUUGAUAUGUCACUACCCUUCACUAUGGCCUAGCUGAUGUCUGAUAAGUACUGUCAGUGUACAAAAAGGCUUUACUCCAGAAGGGUUUAUUUACAGCAAACCAAGUAAGUCUGAAAAUUUUAGGACCAUGGUCUCUGUGGGUGGAUUUUGUUUAUUGUAAUUAUUAUCUCCCACGCCCAGGGGUUGCAUUAUCCAUGUAAUAUGUAUUAUUAACCCUUUGAAGUCUUUACAAGAAGUUUUUGAGAAAAGAACUGAAAUUGGAAAGUGGGUCGCUUAAUGGGUGCACUAGAUUCUGUCAGUAUUGUGAUUCUAUACAGGAUUUUUUAAAAUGAUAAGAUUUAUAAAACAACUUGCUUUUCAAAAAGUAUCUUAACAUGCCUUGUACCUGAUUGCCACUGUUAUAUAAAAGAGAUAUGUUUGUGUUUUGUUUGUAUUUAAACACAUACAAGAGAGUAAGUUUUAAACUAUAGAAGUUAGAGAUUCUUUUAUUGGAGAAAAUGAGCUGUUCUAAAACAGUUGGUCUUAUUAGAGAUUUUAGGCUUUGAGACUGACUGACAUAUAUGAAAUCAACAGUGCCAAUAGCCAUGGUAAAGUGGGAAAUAUUUAACAUUUAGUUUUAUUUAUUCUCCUUUUCAGUUUUUAAAAGGUACUCUAUUAUUCUCUUAUUUUUAAUUUAUUAUCAAAAUUUUUGCUUAAUUCUUAAAUUGCCCUUUAAAAUGACAAUAGGAUGUAAAAUUAUCUGAUUUUGCUUAUAAAUCUGGACUUUAUUAGUUAAACUUAUUUUUCUUUUUUCAACAAAUGGAAACAAAUUUAAUUUACACAAUUGAUUUUCAGGCUUUUUGGACACAUUAAUUUUAACUGUCAUUGUUGCAUCUGGUUGAUGUCUGGAAACACAUUGUUCUACCCUGCUACUUGGAAUUAUCUGAAAGUAAAAUUGACCUUGAUGAGGAAUUUAUUAAAAAUGUAUUGUGUUUCUUUUGAUGUUACAAACAGUUAUACACAUAAAGACUGAUUUAUUAAAACAUGCUCACAUCUAAAAAUAAAGAGGAAAAUGACAUUUUGACAA